AUGCCAAGUACAGCAGUAGAACCUUGGUUCGCUUCUAGAGUCCAGUAUCAUUGUUUCAUAUUGUUUCUAGUACCAUUCUUGUUUCAUCAGACUCCGCAUCAAACAAGCUCUCUAUCUUCAGCUCUUGUGCGACAGGGCCGCCAGUUGCGCCCGCGAGAUCGAGCGGAUGGACAUGGCUGGGUCAAGGAAGACCCUGACUUUAAUGCAGCUGAUGACUCGGCGGUGAGCGCCACUCACACCAUCGAACUGAAGAAGAGGCCCAGCGGCAUCAAAAGGUACACGCACGGGAUUGAUGGAAAGGGCGCAAUGGUGAUGGACAUGAAUGAAAAGGCACGCUACCCAGGCGACCCACUUGGACAAGCUGCCGUGGCAGGUGUCAAAAAAGGCUAUGUUGUCAAGACAGUCAAUGGCACCGACGUCCGCAACUGGGACUUCGAAGAUAUCAUGGACCUUCUGGAGGAUUUCAUCCCAGAUCCCGACGUGCAGUCUACGGCGGCUUUCAAGGGUGGAGCUCAGCGCGUGCGCAAGCAUCAACAGGUAACAUUCCCUGUGACAAUUGAGUACGUGGAGAUGAAACCAAUGGACAAGGCAGCUGCUUCUGCUGGGCCUGCUGUUCCUGCAGGUGCUUGGAUGCCACGUCUCAGCGGCUGGUCCGAUGAGGACUUGAUGAAGGAGCGCCAGCGUGCCAUGGCCAUGCCCGAACCAGCGCAGAUCCUGGUUGCAAGCGAUGUUGAUGAUGCCUUCCUGCAGAGGCCGUUCCUGUUCAAUGGCGACUUUGUUGACCGCGGGUCCUGGUCCAUUGAGGUCAUUCUGUUGAUCUAUGCCAUGAAGAUGAAGCAUCCCAACGCCGUUUUCAUGAACAGAGGUAACCAUGAAAUGCUCGAGGCCAACAUGAUCUAUGGCUUUGCAGGUGAGACAGGCUCGAAGUAUGACUUGGAUCUCUUCAACCUGUUCUCUGAAUCCUUCAGAAAUCUUCCUCUGCUGCAUCUCGUGAACAACGAGGUCUUGGUGGUGCAUGCCGGUAUUCCUGGCCCUCGCCCUCGUGUGUGGCUGCCGGGUCAGACGCAUGACCCCGAAGAUGCCGUUCCGGUGAACGCGCGAGCCACCACGCUGGCGGAGAUUGCCUCGGUGGAUCGCUACACCGAGCUGACACCCAACUCGUACAAGGAGGCGGUGGACAGUGCCCCGCGACAGGAGCAGAAGUGGGAGACGGACACUCGAAUGAUCAUCGAUUUCUUGUGGUCCGAUCCCAGAGGUGGAUCUGGAUAUGGCCCUUCAUACCGAAAGAGCCGUGGAGUUUUCAUGUUCGGUCCCGAUGUCACUGCGCAGUUCUGCAGAGAGAACAACGUGAAGCUGCUGAUCCGAUCUCAUGAGGUGAAAGCAGAGGGUUAUUUGAAGGAUCAUGAUACCUUGAUGAGUGUCUUCAGCGCGCCAAACUACCUGGAUACUGGUGGCAACAAGGGUGCUUUCUUGCAGCUUGCUCCUGGCCCAGGUGGCAGCCUCGAGGCAACGCCAACAAGCUACACUGCAGUUCCUCAUCCAGACCUGCCACCAAUGUUCCACCAGGCACAGAAACCGAUGUGUUCUCUUUGCUUCAAACCUGUCCUUUUCCCUUUCUUUCUUUCUUGCUAG